GUUCCAUUUCUUCUCGAAAGAAGUUUGAGGCUGAAUGGCACACAUACUGCAAGCGAAAACGGCGAGAAGGGAACCGAAUGGAGGAGAAAUGACAUGGAGAGUGAAAGGUGACGAUGGUUCUGUGGUUGGAGUUGAGAAGAAUGGAAGUUGGAGUACGGGCGUAAAAGCGCGUCCCCACUUUCCCCGACGUCCACCCAGUGCCACAUUCUCCACGCGACAUGACGGAGAACCUUGGCAGUAGCCUCCGGACCACAUGCAAAACUCCAACUUGCCACUCCCCAUCCAACAACAGAAUACCAUACACGUCACGAAAAUCCAGCACCAAUUCCGCCGAAAAUGGACAGCAACAAAGACCUGCUCGCCAAAGCAAAGGAGUACUCGUCCAACAACGUGGACCUGUACGACCUGCUGCAGAUCGACAGCACCGUCACCGAGGAAAAGGACGUCCGCCGCGCGUGGCGCAAACAGUCGCUCAACUACCACCCGGACAAGCUCAAGGACGCCUUUGACCCCGAGAAAUGGGAGCUCAUAGAGACGGCGCGCGACAUUCUGCUCGACGCCGCCGCCCGCGCCGCAUACGACAACGCCCGCAAGGCUGUGCUCCUGCGCAAGGCCGAGCGCGACCGCGUCCAGGGCCAGCGCAAGCGUCUCAUUGACGAGCUCGAGGCCGCGGAGCAGGAGGGUAAGAGACAGAAGCUCGCGGAGCAGGAAAAGGCCCGCGAGCUGGAGCGGGAGAGGGCGCGGCUCGCUGAAGAGGGACGCCGGCGCAUGGCGGAGGAGUCGGAGAGGUUCAAGCGGGAGAACCUGGAGCGGCUGGAGAGGGAGAGGGAGCCUGAUGAAUACGACGAGAAGCUGGCCGAGUUGCAACAACGGCUGGACGAUAAGAGGCGACUCAAGGCCGAGAAGAAGGCAAGGAAGAAGGGCGGCGCGGUCGGUGACGCUGCUGCCGAUGCAACCACGCCUGCGUCAGCGAACACACCAGAACCAGCACCGAAGCCGGCCCCGGCAGCACCCCCUAAAUGGGAGGAUCUCAAGGCACGCAUGAUUGCGGCUCAGAGGCUCAAAGAAGCGAAAAAGGCUGCCGAGGCAGGGCAGGCGACCGAGGAAGAGGUCAAGCAAAAAUACGAGACAGUUCGGGCUCUCGACCCGAGGAAUAAAAUCUAGACGGACUCAGGAUGGACAUGGUUUCGUUGUUGGAGAAGAUGAUGGUGGACUGAGGCCGCGACGAUU